CCUUCUCUGGGAUUAUAUUCCCAGUUUUGAUCUCGGACGUCUGGUCACUUAUAGCAUAUAAGAAUAUUCUAUUACUGUUAAGCAAACUGUGAAUAAUAAAACACGCUAAAACAUGUGUUCUUUAUCAUAGCUACACGUAUGACAAAAAACUGCGUGAAAAUCAGUGGUAUUCAGUGAGGUAAAAUGAAUUAAAUGCUCCUGCCAAAUGAAUUGCACUGAGUGGGGUGGAUCACCACUCCAAGAUGGCGGUCCUGCGUCUCGUCAGCGCCAGUAGCGCUCGAUGCUGCGUCUACUUAUAAGAUGUCUAUGGUGUUGGCUCAGGCCUGAGCCUUUAUUUUGAUGGGCUCGUGCCGGAAGUUACUGCCUCAACCCGGAUGUGGUCUUGUUCGCUGCAUCCAGGCGAGCAGCCUGUUAGCGUACGUAGUGCGCAGCACGAUCAACAGAAACUUCGCCUUCCCAACAUAUCUGACCACAUGUUACACUUAUGUAUUUGGUAUUAUUAGUCCACGAUGCAGUUUCAUUUUUUUACCGGAUUAAAAUGACAAGAUGGAAGCCCAAACAUAGUGCAGUGGUGAUGCUGAUGUAUAUCAAUACGGGAUGACGUGAGGAAAUAUGAUUUGCACUGACGUCACUUCCGGUCGUGUGGCUCCAGCGGGGUGAGGUUUGAUUUCCUUUAUUCAAACGCAUUCUACUCACCUGAGUGGCCAUGCGCAUCACUUUAUGCCAAGGCGUGUUAACCGGAGCCAUCCUCAUCAACCUCCUGAUCCUCUACUAUGUGUCCCGGGCCCAGCAGCAGAUGAUUGAGAAGAGGAAGGAGCAGGGCAGGGGCACCAGGAAGGCUGCCUCACUGGAGGCGGGCAUAGGGCCUGGAGGUGAGCCCAUAGGGGCGCCGGUGGCCGCCCGCAGCCGCGCCCCUCGCGUGACUGUGCUCCUUAGGGAGUUUGAGAACUUUGAGAAUUAUGUUCGGGAUGCGGCGAGUUCCUUCUUAAGACAACGGCCGGAGCUUCCUUUCCUGGUGGUGGCUGACGCGCCUCCAUACCCGCCUCUGGUGCUCCCCGAUGGCGCUCGGCUUCUCGUGCUCUCGCCGAGCCCAGAUCAGCCGCCGCAAGCUCACAGGCCCGAGUUCCACGUCCAGACGGAGUUUGUGCUCCUGCUUCCUGACGGGGUGGAGCUGGAUCCGCCCCGGGUCAUCGACAGGCUGAUUAAGGAGCUGGAAGGCGAAGGCGGCGGCGCGGUGAGGCUGGUGGCGUCGCCCGUACUGACUCGCUCGGCCGUGCAGUGUCUCCACCUGCGGGUGAACCUGCGAGAGUGGACCGCUUCUUACUCCACAGCUGCGUCGGGAAGCAGCGGGAGCGUGUGUACGGCCUUGCAAGGAGACGCCGUGGUCCUCAUCCGCGCGGAGGAUCUUUUUAAUCUCUCCGUCCCGCUCGGGAGGCCGCUUUUCUCCUCGCUCUUCAUCCAGACCGCUCUCCGGGGCUGGAAGGUUAAACUUCUGGAGAGUCCGUGUUUCUCCACCAACCGCCGGCCCCUCUUCAGCUCGGCUCACAACCAGUGGAAGGCCGACACCCGCCUGAAGGAGGCCGCGGGGAAGAUGAUGAGGAGCUUCGGCGUGAAGCGUCUCCUGCUGCCUGACGGGAAGGAGCAGUGGCACGGCUGCGGCAAAGAGACGCCUCGCUGCUUCGGCACGGUGCAGGACGACACCCCGGAUUACCUCUACCUGGAUCGAUGGACGCCGCCUUGUUGUCUGCGGGCUCUCCGAGAAACCGCCAAAUACGUCAUCAACAUCCUGGAGAGCUCUGGGGUGCGCUACUGGCUGGAAGGCGGCACCCUGCUGGGGGCCGUCCGCCACCAGGACAUCAUCCCGUGGGACUACGACGUGGACCUGGGCAUCUACCUGGAGGACAUCCCCAACUGUGAUCACCUGAAGAACCUGGACUCCGGCUCUCUGGUGGACGCCAACGGCUACGUGUGGGAACGCGCGGUGGAGGGCGACUUCUACCGGGUGCAGUACAGCGAGGCCAACCACCUGCACGUGGACCUGUGGCCCUUCUACCCCCGCAACGGCAUCAUGACCAAAGACACGUGGACCGAGCACAAGCAGGAUGUAGAGUUCCCCGAGCACUUCCUGCAGCCGCUCGUGCCCAUGCUGUUCGCGGGCGCCGCCGCCUACGUACCCAACAACCACCGCGCCUUCUUGGAACUCAAGUUCGGAGAGGGGGUCAUUGAGAACCCCCAGUAUCCCAACCCUGCCAAGAAAGUCCUGGACAGAGCCAAAAUAUGAGAGGAAGACAUCAAACUGUUAAAAAAGGACACAUCUUAAUGAGCACACGUUACAUCGUUUGUCAGUCAGUAUUAAACACCAAAUUGUUGUUAAAGUGUCUUGUGCAAUAAACAGUCUCUUGAAUCAGAUUUGACAAAAGGCACUGUGCUGUGUGUGUAGGCAGUCCUUCUCAAAUAGUGGUGCGAUGCCAGGGGGAACUUCAGGGAACAUGCUAUUUUUGCCAUAGCAGAAUAUGAUGAAGCGUAUGUAGCACCUGUCACUGUAACCACGCUGGGUUUCCUUUAUUGUUAAUAAACUUACAAUGUAAUGCAGAGGUGUACUUAUAACAACUUUAUAGACAAAUGAUACUAUUUAUAAUCACGGUGGAGAACAGAAAAUAUUUGAGAAGUACUGGUGUAAGGUGAGUUUGUACUAGGGUCACGCAAUACAGACGAUGUAAAUUAUAUCAAUUUAGCCAACAAUAGGUUCAGAGGUGUACUUAUAACAACUUUAUAGACAAAUGAUACUAUUUAUAGUCACGGUGGAGAAUAGGGGGGGCGUAACAGAAAAUAUUUGAGAAGUACUGGUGUAAGGUGUUUUGCGCAAUAUAGACUAUGCAAAUUAUAUCAAUUUGGCCGACAAUAUUUUAUACUAUUGCCGUAUCGUGAUAAUGCAUGUAGAUCUUAGCCGUGUCCCGCAGAUCCAGCAAACAAAGGCGUACGACACGAGCGGCUAAUGCACCUACACAGUGCAGCUUCUAAAUCAAUCAUCCUCGCCUACAUGGCGGCAAAUAAACCGUUUUGUUUCUCACACGUCACAGGAGGACAAGGAAUAGUUAAACAUGCAGGAAGAUACAAGCAAAAGUGUAGGUCGGCAGUAACGAUACCAAGUACAGUAUCGGUAUAUGGUUGAUUUAUUUUUAUCACAAUCGUUUCUGUUAUUGGUUACAAACACAGGGACGAGCCAAAAGCAGCUUUUUCCAGAGUUAUUUUACACUAUUGACCUACGAUACAAAUGUAACAUGUUACACCUGUUUUUAUAUCCGACUACUCUUGUGGUCAUAGAUGUUAAGUAUGAACAUUGGUAUGACAAAUACUCCCCCUGUAACUACUCGGUAUUUGUUCAAUACCCAAAUAUGUAGUGCUAAUAUAAAGUAUCCAAACAGAUGUGUAGAUGGAUCCGCAUUACAACAGAAAGUAACCAGAUAUUAAUAGUAGAUUAAUAUCGUUUUGAAUAACAUUAUAGAACUGGAAAUGACACAAUAUGUUACCGCAUGGGUCAGCAGCUACAUUUUUAGCCUUUGUAACUAGUUUUCAAAUGGUUCUAUUAUCAUUUACAAACCAAAUGUAUCGUGAUGUAUAUCGUUAUCGGAGGAAGCUGCAAAAUAAAAAACAAUAUAAAUUCAGGCCAUGGUGCCCAUUCCUAGUUUGCACUGAUAUUGUUGAUUUAAUGCACUAGUUUACAAAUGUACAGUAAAGGCUAUUUAUUUUAACUGGGGGUCCAUCAGACAGGCCCACCAGCUCUGCAGCAGAUUCCUAAAAAACAGCAGAAAGGAUCUUUGACUUUGUCAGACUGUGAUGUAACUUUGUUCUGUAUUGGCAAUUUAUAUAUAUAUAUAUAUAU